CUUACUAUAAUAGACACUAAAAUCAAAAUUUCCACCGUCCCCAAAUCUACACACGAAUCAGAAAAAAGUAGUUCCAUCCAAAAUUUCCUAAAUUGUUUGUAAAGUUAAUUAAUUUAUAAUUAUGGCUGCACCAAAUAUGUCGGAUCCAGUGCCUUUCUUUUAUUUGGAUUGGAUGGCCGAGAUAUUGAUGCAAGACACCAAGGAAAUGGCAUCGGAAUUCGAAAGAAAAGUCGAGUUUGUAAGGGAACAAGAGGCCAGAAUCCUGGAGAAUGCACAGCAGCUGAUCAAAAUUUGUCAGUUUAUGGACGACAUUAAGGCAUGUACACUUAAACUCGAAAUGGAUUUGAAUGAGAGCAUGCAGCUCCUGGCAGAAGCGGACAAGGCAGCCUCCAAAUUAGAGCGAACUUGCUCGACGUUCCCCAACAGUUGCCGGAUAGAGCCAAUGACGCCUCACAACUUUUUGGAUCUCUUGAAGCUGGUCGCAUCCACCAAGAAAAUGAGCGAAGAGUGCAACAGCCUCAGCGAAGAAUUGGAAGAAUUUGGCAAAGAGGCAGCCGAGCGUUUGGCUCCUGCAAGUAUGAUUUGCGAAGUGAUUGAUUAUCACAACAAAGCCUUGCUCAGCUUCGAGGAGCAGAUCGACGAGUUGGAGGGCAAGGUCACGCUGAUUGCCAACGAAUACGAGGAUAUCACUGAAGAUCUGGGCAUCAGCAGCCUGUCCACCACAUGCACAUGCGAAAUGGCCAAAGAGGUUCUGGCCAAGGAUUUCUGUAAUGAUUAUAUUCUGGAAAACAACCGAUAGAUAACAUGAUAAUGGAUUCAUACAAUGAAUUGGAUAUUCACACAAUACAAUCGGCCCCAAAACAGGAUGUAACUGCGACUGGCUCCUGGAAAUGACUUUACCUACCGCCAAUGUGAGUAAAGUAUUCCAUUUCAUCAUUAAAAUGAAGAAGAAAUUGUCGGCUUUGUUGGAGCUUCAGACGAGUGUCCGUUAGACGAGUUUUAAUGAAAAGCUGAACACCGGCAUCUGGCAACCGAGAGGCGUUGCAUCCACGUCCAUGAAACGGAAGAACAGAAUCACCAUUUUUAGUAUAUUUUCAUUACCUCUGUGUGUUGCCACAGCAGCUGCACCAGCAAUGAGCCAGCCGCCGCCCAGCCUCUCCAACGCGACUCUUCAUCUUUGCAUUCAAAUCGAGGCGAUGACGACAGUCCCAGCCGACAGCAUCGCAUCGUAUGGAUGUCGGUGCCCCAAGACCACUGCCAGCCAUCGCCAUCUAGCUAACCAGCCAGAGUCUCGAAGCUAUUUCCAAUGUGCGUCACUCUGGCAGCUCCAAUACUGCGGCAGGGCGCUUGGGGCCACCACCAGUCCAUCCAGUUAUCCACUUGCUCACCAAAUACAUCGAGAGUAUAUCCAUCCGCUGUGGAUCGAUGGUUCAAGUUCCUGAGGAGUAGUAUUAUAUAGUAGAUGUUG